GAUGAGACUUUAUUGCGCGGCUUCCGAACGCUAAGCGGAAAACUGUUAUUGUGUUUUUAAUGCCGGCCUCUGUGGCGUAACGGUUAAAAGCGUGGUUAGAUGAUAGUGUCGGAGCAAGGUCCACACGAGAAGCGACUGCUGAACGCGUUGCUCGCCAACUACAACACACUGGAGAGGCCAGUCGCGAACGAGAGCGAGCCUCUCGAAGUAAAGUUCGGCCUGACGUUACAACAAAUCAUCGACGUGGAUGAGAAAAAUCAAAUCCUCACAACGAACGUCUGGCUCAAUUUGGACGAGAAGAAUCAACUACUUAUAACCAAUAUAUGGCUGUCAUUGGAAUGGAACGACUACAACCUGAGAUGGAAUGACAGCGAGUUUGGGGGUGUCAAAGACCUUCGAAUCACCCCCAACAAGCUGUGGAAACCUGACGUGCUCAUGUACAAUAGUGCUGACGAGGGUUUUGACGGGACGUACCAGACUAACGUGGUGGUCAGAAACAACGGCAGUUGCCAGUACGUGCCCCCGGGCAUUUUCAAGAGCACAUGCAAGAUGGACAUCACUUGGUUCCCAUUUGAUGACCAACAUUGCGACAUGAAGUUCGGUAGUUGGACCUACGAUGGCAAUCAGUUGGAUCUGGUGCUAAAAGACGAGGCGGGUGGAGAUCUAUCCGAUUUCAUCACAAAUGGAGAAUGGUAUUUAAUAGGAAUGCCGGGAAAGAAGAACACGAUCACGUACGCGUGCUGCCCGGAGCCCUACGUCGACGUGACCUUCACCGUGAUGAUCCGGAGACGAACCCUGUACUACUUCUUCAACCUGAUAGUGCCGUGCGUCCUGAUCUCCUCCAUGGCUUUACUGGGCUUCACGCUACCGCCUGACUCUGGAGAAAAGCUGACGCUUGGAGUCACAAUUCUUCUCUCGCUGACGGUGUUUCUCAACCUGGUCGCCGAGACACUGCCGCAGGUGUCCGACGCAAUCCCCCUGUUAGGGACCUACUUCAACUGCAUCAUGUUCAUGGUGGCGUCCUCAGUGGUACUGACCGUGGUGGUACUCAACUACCACCAUCGAACGGCGGACAUACACGAGAUGCCUCAGUGGAUAAAGACGGUGUUCCUGCAAUGGCUGCCUUGGAUCCUGCGGAUGUCCAGGCCAGGCAAGAAGAUAACAAGGAAGACGAUAAUGAUGUCCAAUCGGAUGAGGGAACUGGAAUUGAAGGAGCGGUCGUCGAAGUCGUUACUAGCCAACGUGUUGGAUAUAGAUGAUGAUUUUAGGCAUUUAUUUUUCGGUAACAGAUGUUCAAUAUUCCGUACGGACUUCCGUCGGUCGUUCGUCCGCCCGUCCACCAUGGAGGACGUGGGGGGAGGUCUGGGGAGCCACCAUCGGGAGCUGCACCUCAUCCUGAGGGAACUCCAGUUCAUCACUGCCAGGAUGAAGAAAGCGGACGAGGAGGCCGAGCUGAUCAGCGAUUGGAAAUUUGCUGCGAUGGUUGUCGACAGGUUUUGUCUGUUCGUGUUCACACUAUUCACGAUCAUAGCGACCGUGGCCGUGCUCUUGUCGGCACCUCACAUCAUCGUGCAAUGA